AUGCCAUCGUUCAGUACCUCACAAGUAUCAGCAUUCAUGUCCGACCUUGGAAGACCAGUCCUAGCCAGGUGAGUGGGGUGAGGGUCUUGUGUGUUAACAGUGGGUGGGGCAUUUAAAAAUAGAUAUUCUGUGUCUUGUGCAACCCCUGUUUGCCUUUUGUCCUAGUUUAUGGUGCGCCUUAAAUGUUGUUGUUAUUAAAAUAUACCGCCCUUCAUCUGAGGAUCACAGGCUGGUUUACAAAAUAAAAACACAAAAAUACACAACACAGGAACAUGCAAACAAAAGCAGUCCUGAUUGAUCUGCAUUGGCUCCCAGUACGUUUCCGAGCACAAUUCAAAGUGUUGGUGCUGACCUUGAAAGCCCUAAACAGCCUUGGUCCUGUAUCCCUGAAGGAGCGUCUCCACCCCCAUCGUUCAGCCCAGACACUAAAGUCCAGCUCUGAGGGCCUUCUGGCGGUUCCCUCCCUGCGAGAAGUGAGGUUACAGGGAACCAGACAGAGGGCCUUCUCGGUGGUGGCGCCCGCCCAGUGGAACGCCCUCCAAUCAGAUGUCAAGGAAAUAAGCAGCUAUCCUAUUUUUAAAAGACAUCUGAAGGCAGCCCUGUUUAGGGAAGUUUUUUUAUAUUUAAUGCUGUAUUGUUUUUAACACUUGAUUGGGAGCCGCCCAGAGUGUCUGGGAAAACUCAGCCAGAUGGGCGGGGUAUAAAUAAUAAAUUAUUAUUAUUAUUACUAUUAUUACUAUUAUUAUUAUUAACCCCCCAGCAUUAUCAGCAGUGCAAAUCACAGAUUCUCAUGAUUAAAUUGUGUAGCGGGUAUAUUCUUUGCGUGUGUGUGUGGGAGGGGGGGUUGAAUAGGUUUUGUUUUUUUAAGAAGCACACACCAAAAACUACCAUAAUCUCACCGCUAACAAAGAGAAGUCCACAAAAAAGCUGCAAAAUAUAUGUAUAAUAAACCUGCAGGUAUUAUUAUUUUUAUAUAAAUACAUAAACUUUUGGUUCUGGUGGUGUGAGGGACUUUUCUGGAAAGAACCAAGAAGCAAAUUGAAUUGGCCACUGAGUCUUCCUUUGGCCACAUCCAUACAUUUAAAGCACACAGCUUCCCGCAAAGAACCUUGGGAACUGUAGUUUACCCCUCACGGCGCCCUUAAACUACAGUUCCCAGGAUUCUUUUCAGGGGAAGCUGUAUUCUCAGCAACCUUUUAACGCUUUCUUGGAAUUCUGUCUCCGAACAAGGAAUGAAAGUGUUGCGUCUUGGCCCUCGGGCAGGGCUGGCGUCAACACCUGCCAUUCCUGGGCAAAUGGCAGGGCCCUUGCUAAUACUUGCCCAGGAGCCCUCUGAAAAACAGUUUCCUGGCUCGCUGCUCGGAGGAGCGUGGGAUCCAGACACGUUUUGAUCUCCCACAAUGCACUGCAACAAAGCUGUAUCGAGGGCAUUGGGAGUUGUAGUCCAAACCAUCUGGAGGGCGCCGGGUUGGGGAUUGUCAAAGAGGAGGAGUUAAGGCCCACAGGCAGCCAGAAUGGCGGGUAGUAAACUGUAGAUUGGAGGAACGACUAGGCCUACCUCGCAAGGUUGUGGAGAAGGCAACAUGGGAAGAUGAUUAUCUCAGUUCCCUUCCUUUAAGUGAAAUAUUUAUUAUUUUUAGUGGUUGUUUUAAUCACUAAGAAGAUUGAAAUCCUGUAGGUUGGAGUACAGCUGCUGCUUUAUCUUGAACAUAACGUGCAUUUAUUUUAUGCUGAUUUCAUAUGUUUACAAAACAGUGUAAGACCAAAGCGGUUUACGACGAAGAACACAUUCUAAACCCGAAACUGAAGAAACUGUAAGCCUGCUCUUUAUUGUUGAAUUGGAGCAAACUCUGCAAUUAAGAGCAGAUUUUCAAGGGGGAAAUUGCUCGAACCCAGAGCUCGGAAAGAUUCGCCAUUUGACAGACCUGCUGCUGGUUUGUUGUUGUUGUUUAGUCGUGUCCGACUCUUCGUGACCCCACGGACCAGAGCACACCAGGCACUCCUGUCUUCCACUGCCUCCCGCAGUUUGGUCAAUCUCAUGCUGGUAGCUUCGAGAACACUAUCCAGCCAUCUUGUCCUCUGUCAUCCCCUUCUCCUUGUGCCCUCCAUCUUUCCCAACAUCAGGGUCUUUUCCAGGGAGUCUUCUCUUCUCAUGAGGUGGUCAAAGUCUUGGAGCCUCAGCUUCAGGAUCUGUCCUUCCAGUGAGCACUCAGGGCUGAUUUCCUUCAGAAUGGAGAGGUGUAAUCUUCUUGCAGUCCAUGGGACUCUCAAAAGUCUCCUCCAGCACCAGAAUUCAAAAGCAUCCAUUCUUUGGCGAUCAGCCUUCUUUAUGGUCCAGCUCUCACUUCCAUACAUCACUACUGGGAAAACCAUAGCUUUAACUAUACAGACCUUUGUUGGCAAGGUGAUGUCUCUACUUUUUAAGAUGCUGUCUAGGUUUGUCAUUGCUUUUCUCCCAAGAAGCAGGCGUCUUUAAAUGCUGCUGGUUAGCAUAAACUUAUUCCAAGCUAGAUGGAUUGGUGCGGGCAGGCCUGUGAUCCUGUGUGACAGCGGUACGUGACAGGCCGAAAUCCAACAGGUGUAACAAGCUCUAGGCAAACACCUGUGUGCAGUGAUGAUGGAGCGACGCUCUGCUUUCUCUGGUAGCCUGAGUCAGAAAUGCCAGACAGCUGCAGGGCUUAACUUCUGCUGAAGCGAAGCCCCAGGACAACUCGUUUUUGUUGCUGGGACUCGCUUGGUGCCUGCCAAGUCCUAAUAAAGGUGGCCUCCGGCCCCACGCGGGAAAGAGCGCCUUAGUUUCCGGGUCUCGCUCUAAUCUGACUCUGAGCAUGUGCAGAGAGCUUCUGUUUCAGUAGAGAGUGAGGAGUAGCUUGUUAACGGAGAAAUCUGAGGGCUCCCUUGGACAAAAAACAAGGACACCAGCCAGGAAUACCAGAGCAAAACAGCAGCCAGUAGGCUUGGUCUUUAUUGAAGACUGUUGCGACAGGACUCCCACCUGCCUCAAGGUGGAACAAGAUGGAAGCCCCAAACAAAAGAGCCCCCAAACUUUUAUUAGCUGCUAAUCCCCAUGUUACACCCCCUAAAACUACAUCACUCAUACAUCACAGUUACAUCAUGAAAGGGAAGGUCUGGUGGCCGUAAUCUGAGCAUCCUGGACCCUGCCCCAUGGUUCUCUUUGCCCUCCACCAAACACCCAUCAAGUGUAACAAAAAUGAUAUUUACAUUUCCCUGUUUCCCAGCCAAGUUAAUCACACUCUUUUGUCUUCAUCUGGGUUUGUUAUUUCUGGAAUGGCUACCUGUCUGGCACUCAGGUAUCAGGAUGCCAGGGAUUAUCACCCAGGCAGAGGGGCUGCUGAGUAGCUGAGCUCACAGGUCUAUAUGAAUUUCUGAAGUUUUCCCAGUGAGCCAGUACAUAGAUACAUUUAUCAGUGAAUUCUUACAUUUGGUAUCGUGCAGCAAAGGCCCUUUGAAUAGAUAGGAAGAAACUGCGAUGAAGUGUUUUGUGGGGACAAAUCACAAAAGUCACAAAAGCGAUUGUGCUGGUUUUGGUAGUGGGCUGCAUGUGCAUGAUAUCUGAUGGAGGGGCAAACCCCCCAACCCAUACAUAAAUUCUUGCAACUAGCUUCAUCCUCUCAUGGAAGUGGGGAAUGUUUCCUGACAUCUAAGGAGAACCACUGCUGGUCCAGCCCAAAGGCCUACCGAGUCUAGCAUCUCAGAGCAGCUAACCAUAUGCCCCUGGGAAGCCCCAAAGCAGCCUAUGAGUGCAAUAGUGUGGUGCAAUGGUUAGAGUGUCGGAGUAAGACCUGGGAGACCAGGGUUCGAAUCCCCACUCAGGCGUGAAGCUCACUGGGUGACCUUGGAGCCAGUCGCCAUCUCUUAGGCUAACCUACCUCACAGGGUUGUUGCGAAAUGCUUUAUUGGCCAAGAGAGCCGGCGUACAGCUUCCAGGUCAUAUGGCCAGCAUGACUAAGCUGCUUCUGGCGAACCAGAGCAACGCACGGAAACGCCGUUUACCUUCCCGCCGGAGUGGUACCUAUUUAUCUACUUGCACUUUGACGUGCUUUCGAACUGCUAGUGUGAUGGCCUGGGAAUCCGAUUCAGAGGCUGAACCGGAGGAAUCCCAGCCUGCACAGGAGUCCCCGCCUCCAGGGCCAGCUGAACUGGGGCAGGGCCUUGAUUCUGAAGCGCCUGCACCUGUGCCGGUUCCUCAGGAGCAGGCACCAGGUGAAUCCACUCUGGUUCCGGAGGUGGUUGAGGACUCAGUGCCUACAGGUGAGUCUCCCCCUGGGUCCAGUAACCCUUCAGCCUCUCCUGAACUGCAGAGGCGAAGGGCAGAGAGGCGAAGGGAACUGGUUUCUCCCAGGAGGAGUUCUCGCCUUAAGGCCAGGAGAGGCGGGUCUCCUGGGGGCCGGGACCGCCCCUGGCCUCAGAGAAGAUAAAGGCCAGUCAGCCUGGUCCCAGGUUGCGGGAGCAACGUUGUUGAGUACCUGCUCUUGCCCGGACCCAGACCUGACCUUCCAGUGAUCCUGUCCCCGCCCGGCUUUCUGCUUCGGACCUCGCCUCGCUCCUUGGGAACUGUUUCCGGACCAGUGACCCAGGACCGGACUUUGACUACGUCAACGGUAACCUUCCCCCCGGGACCAGCACAGCUAGGUUGGCAGGAGCAGGGACCGAGCAACGGGAGCUCACCCCGUCGGGGGGAUUCGAACCGCCGACCUUCUGAUUGGCAAGUCCUAGGCUCUGUGGUUUAACCCACAGCGCCACCCGCGUUCCUAAUAAAUAAAUAGUAAAUAAAUAAAUAAUCUAGCACUCUCUCACUGCUGCACCUCAGGAUCUGGUAUUGAGGUUGAAUUCACACUGCCAGUUACUCUCCACUCUCCAAGUUUCCAUUGCUGGGUUUUUAAUCUGUGUCUCCACGCCAUAAAAAAGCAAUCGAUAAGUUUAGAUGGUGAUGAUGACGACGACAACAGCCCAAAACGCAUCUGCAUCUUGUAGCUUAUUAGAAAAUACUGCGGUUCGAUGCGUCGCUUCUCGAACCAGCUUUACGCCAGUCAGAGCCCAGAAGCCGAUCCCAAUUCCUCUCUAGCCAGUGUGCGGAAACCUCUGACAGUGCAGCAUAGUGGUUAGAGUGCCAGACUACAACUUGGGAGACCACGGUUCAAAUCCCCGCUGGACAAGAGAGAGAGAUUUCUUACAGCCUGUUCUACCUCGCAGGGUCGUUGUGAGGAUAAAAGGGGAAGCAGGAAGAAAACCAUGGAUGCCACCUUGAACUCACCGGGAGACAGAUAAAGACAUGUCCCGCCCCCUGUCCACAUACACACACACACCCCGGUGUGAACCCAGAUGGAAGUGAAUUUCUGGGAAAGUGCACACGCCCACAGAGUCAUGCCAGCUCUGUUCCUGGAAGCAACGCACAGCCAACUUGGCUAUGCCUGCUUUCGGCAGGGUUGGGCCUUAAAAAUUAAAUUCUAGCGAAAUGGAUUUUGCAAGCAGGUUAUUGGAGCAAAACCAGGCUAUCCUUUUGGGGGAGUUGCAAGCAGGAAGUUUUUUUUGUACCCUGGGGUGGGUGGGUGUAUGUGUGUCUUUGUCUACAAAUUCACACACCCUUUGUGGCCGAGUCUCGGAGUAAACUGAAAGCCCAAAACGUGGCUGGACAGGGGAGCAGGGAACUGCCCUCCUUGAACCCACCACCAACUUGGAGAGCGAGGCAGAAGUGGGCAAGGGAAGGAAGUGUUUUCCUUUUUGCGGGCAGGCUGCUAUGUGUUGUCUCCAAGGGGGAAGCGCGCUUGAUUUCCUACCCCUUAAAUAUAGAACAUGAAAUAAGGAAACGGCUGUCUCUCUAAGACUUUUGCUUAGCUCAAUAGCAAACGGCUUUUCCUUGAUGCGUGCGCUGACAGUUCGAUCUCCAGGAAUUCAGAGCACGUCCACUGCAGAUCAGAAGCCGAGACUGCUGACUACACACACUAUGCAUUUAAAGCACGUCCCCCCUCUGCAAAAAAAGAAUCCUGGGAGUUGUAGUUUGAGGGUGCUGGGAACUGUAGUUCUGUGAGGGGGUAAGCUGCAGUUCCCAGGAUCUUGGGCUGUGGUGGAAGGGAUGUGCUGUAAAUGCAUGCAUUUUGCCAGGGUAUGUGGUAAAAAGCGCCUACAGUCCCCCCUCCCAAUUUUUUUUAUUAGUUUUCACAAUAUUAUAAACAAACAAACACACACACAAGACAAACAAACAUAAAUCAUAGCCUUAUUGAAAAUUACAGUUAUUAACUUUAAGUGACUUCCUCGCUUCCCCUUGGUUGAAUUUCAUUUCAUGUCUUUUUAACGGUUUUCCAAAUCCCAAUUUUUAUGAAAUUUAACUUAAACAUUAACAUCCUUAGAUCUUCACCUUAUGGAAUUAAUAAUAAUAAUAAUAAUUUAUUAUUUGUACCCCGCCCAUCUGGCUGGGUUUCCCCAGCCACUCUGGGCGGCUUCCAUAGAAACCAAAAAACACUAAAAUAUCAUACAUUAAAAACUUCCCUGAACAGGGCUGCCUUAAGAUGUCUUCUGAAUGUCAGGUAGUUGUUUAUCGUUUUGACAUCUGAUGGGAGGGCGUUCCACAGGGCGGGCGUAUUAAUUAUUAAUACAUAUUAAUUCAUCACUUAACAUAAAUAAAAUCCUAAGCCCAUUAAGUAUCUGCAAGCUAUUUUCAGUUAGUUUAACUUAACAAAUUUAACUAAAUAAUCAUUAAAUUCAUUCCACUCUUCCUUAUACUCCUCCUCCUUCUGGUCGCGGACUCUUCUGGUCAGGUCGUCUAGCUCCAAAAAAUCCAUCAUCUUCAUCUGCCAUUCUUCUAUUGUUGGUAAUUCUUGGGUUUUCUACUUUUUAGCUAACAAAAUACGUGCAGCAGUUGUGGCAUACAAAAAUAAUUUAACAUCUUUCUUGGGCAAUUCCAAGCCUGUUAUUCCAAGAAGACACAGCGCCUACAGUUUUGGAUACAUCUGGCAGCAGAGAAAACCUGUCUUAACUUUUUGCAGCUUGCUAGCAAGCAGUUUCCUUGUGGGUGAAUGCAGAAGCAGCUCUUGAUUCGGAGAGCUGGUGCUGUUUUUGGCUUUCCAGAGCCCAGGAACUCUGCUUUCCUGAGGGAAGAUUUGGAACCCAAUCUGCUUUGGCCAAUCCCCAGGGUAUUUAUAAAAUGGAAAGGUCUGUCCUGUGCCCUCUCCACCUGGGAAGCCCUUUCCAGAUGACUUCAGAUCUGUAGCGGAAUAGUUGUACUUACUCAGUGGUGAGGAAAUGAUGCUCUGCACAAGCUCAGAGGCACGUUUCCCACCCUCCACCCACCAUGUGUUUGGCAUGGAAGACUGAUUUCUUUUUUUUUAUUAUUAAUUUUUAUUAAAUUUUCCAUUUUAACAAUCCAAUCAAAUCACAUUAAGUAUUCCAAAUUAUACAAAUACAUAUAGUCCAAAUAUUCUGCCAAAUUAUACAUUUUUGUUGGGGCUUCCCAUGCUUCAAGUUCAGCGGGGUUCCAAUCAUCUUACGUUUCUACUGCCUCGAGUUUCCAAUAGUUCCUUCUUUAAAUCUUCCUGUUGUUAUCCUUCCUUCUUUCACGGCCUCUGAGUUGUUUCCACAGGCGAGUUGAAAUAAACAAUAAUGUGCUUCUGUGUGAAAUUUGUAUGACUCUCCUUUUUUUUUUUUUUUUGCAGCUGGUAAGUCUGUUGUUUGCAGAAUUUCCUCACACGCUGGUGUUUAUGCCGAAUCAAUCCAAAAGUCCUUCUCUGGUGGCAGACGCCAUCUUCACUCAGUUCCAAUGAAAUAAAAUCUGGGCGUUUGCUCAUUAAUUUUCUCAGACAGGUUGCAUCAAACAUUAGUCUUUCUAGGGGAGAUUUGCCAAAUCCGACUUGAAGUACAGAUAUAAUAACAAAUUAAGAGCUCACCUCUCUGCAACACGUCCUUCUCCCAUAAUGGCAGAUCCCAAUUAAAAAAAUGCUUCACAUCAUCCUUCUCAGAAUCCGUCCAAAGUUUUCUGGUGUCUCUCCAGCGGCUAACAGGCAUGGAAGACUGAUUUCAAUGUUGCUUUUCUUCAACGCCAUCCGUAUUUGACACUUGACAAGUUCAGCUGGUUUCUUAAGAGCUGUGCAACUGAGAGCUAGUGCCUGAGUUUGCUUUAUUCCUCCUCCCUCCACAUCCAUUUUCCUUUUGUGCUGCGUCUUUUUGAUGGGAAGCUUGAGGGUCGGGAAGGCUGUUGUAUUAGUAAGCCGAUUGGGGAGCCUUUUAUCUGGCUGAAGGAGGGACGUUCAAAUGCUUCAGAUGAAUAAACCUUUCCUCAAAAAGCUUGAUUCAUGUUUGCUUUCUUUCAGGAGAAUAGCACUCUGUCUCCUCCGUCCGGUGGUUUGUUCGGUGUUCCGUUGCACUUGCUGCCCCUUUCGGAGCAUGUAGAAGGGGUGCCACAGUGAGUAACGUGCGACACGCACACCCCAGAUCACCAGCUCCCUGUUGCAAUGAGUGACAACCUUGUUUGAAUCGUGUGAGUCUUAGCCCAAGAGGAGCUCGCACCAUCUUUUCCCACAAUGCCAUGGAGAAAAUGCAGCACUCCUGCCUUAUGUCAGAGGAGAGAACCCUGGGUAAUUUUCCCAUACAGUGGUACCUUGGUUUACUAACUUAAUACCUUGGUGUUACGAACACAGGAGCCAGUGUGGUGUACCGGUUAAGAGCGGUGGACUCGUAAUCUGGUGAACCGGGUUCGCUUCCCCGCUCCUCCACAUGCAGCUGCUGGGUGACCUUGAGAUAGGCUUUGGGAAAAACUAAGCACCUUAAACAUAGACAGAUGUCUACUGUGUCUCAUCCACAGUUUAUAUGCAAACACUUGGGUCCGGGUUAGGUGUGACUGACAGGGCCAUUUAUCCAAGGAAAUCCAAACCUCCCAUGGUGUUAAACAAGGCUGCGUCCUUGCGCCUACCUUAUUCAACUUCUAUAUUAACUCCUGAGUAGGAAACAUGGAGAAAGAAAAUGCCCACCCCCCUAAAUUGGCUGGUACACCCCUCCUGGUUCUUUUAUAUGCGGAUGACGCAGUUCUAAUUUCCUUCUCCUGUGUAAGCCUAAGAAAACUUCUAAGAACUCUCACUGUUUAUUGUAAUGCUGAACAAUUAACAGUUAACUAUAGCAAAUCCAAAGUUAUGGUGUUUUCUAAAAAAAGAAUGAGACACAAAUGGAGAAUUGACAAUCGACCCAAAACAAAAAAACAACAACCUUGGGCUAGUCACACUUCUUUGAAGUCUCUCAGCCCCACUCACCUCACAGAGUGUUUGUUGCGGGGGAGGAAGGGAAAGGAGAAUGUUAGCCGCUUUGAGACUCCUUAGGGUAGUGAUAAAGCGGGAUAUCAAAUCCCAACUCUUUUUCUUCUAAUCCGUUCCAGAAGUCCGUUCUUAAACCAAGGUGUGUUUUCCCAUAGCAGCGGGGGACUCAAUUUACAAAUGGAACGCACUCAACAGGAAGCAAAACAUGUUCUGCUUCCAAGGCAAAGUUCACAAACCAAAACACCUACUUCCGGGUUUGCAGCUUUCUCAAUCCAAGUUGUUCAUAAACUAAGCUGUUCUUAAACCAAGGUACCAGUGUACAGUGGACGCUUGGGUUGCGAACGUGAUCCGUGCAGGAGGCCUUUAUCUGUUGACUCCCUCUCGUUCCAUAAGCAGUCGUGCCCCCUUAUAAUAGCCCAUCUCCAUAGAUUCCAUGCUGCUUCAUUGCGGCCUCUUUGCAUUUCAACCCAAGGUUCCUUGUGGACGCCUGCGAGUUGCUCCGACCCCAUCUUCAUGUGGAAGGGCUCUUCCGGAAAUGUGGAUCCAUGACUCGUAUCAAAGCCUUGAAGGUAAAACGCAGAGCUGGAGAUGUGCAGGAGCUAGAGCAUGGGCCCAAUCGCCUUCUAAAUCCGGCCCAUGGACGGUCCGGGAAUCGGCGUGUUUUUACAUGAGUAGAAUGUGUCCUUUUACGGUAUUUAACAUGCACCUCUGGGUUAUUUGUGAGGCCUGUCUGGUGUUUUUACACAAGUAGAAUGUGUGCUUUUAUUUAAAAUGCAUCUCUGGGUUAUUUGUGGGGCAAAGGAAUUCGUUCUUUUUUUCCCUCUUUCAAAAUAUAGUCCGGCCCCCCACAAGGUCUGAGGGACAGUGGACCAGCCCCCUGCUGAAAAAGUUUGCUGAUCCCUUAGCCAGAGGUUGCGUGUCCCCCCAAAUUUACCUUUCAUCAUGUUCCCAGCUCCUGGCACCUCCAGAAUGCCAGUCUUGCCAGGCUUCUCCUUCCUCCUGACGACACUGGCGGUGAGCUGCAGAUGUUUUGACAUCCCUAUCAGGAGAGAUUUGCUCAAGGAGAGGGGAACUUGAGAAAUCGCCUUGCCAGUAAAACAUUUUCGUUUUAUUUUUUUGCUCUUGUGAACUUGCUCGCUCUCCUACGCGGGAGGAAAAGGGGAGAGUUUAAAAUAAUCUUAGAUGGAGUGGAUAGGAUCUAUUAUGCGGUUCUUAAAAACAAACCAUUUUGGGGUGAGGUGGGGAGUGGAAGGUCAAAUAGGUUUGGGGCCAAUGUCAGUAAAAGGAAAUUACAGUUUCCUUUUACUGUGUUGUAUGCAAUGCUAGUCCUGCUCAGAGUAGAACCAUUGGAACAAGGGAACAUGAGUAAGCCAGGUCUGUUAGUUGCAGUAGGUCUGCUACUCUCUCCACAAACCCACCAAUACCUACAGGGAGGGCGUUUUUAGUUGCCUUUCCUCCUUUUAAAACUCUGGGUCGCUCGGCAAAGCUGGUCGGCAGCUGGAUUAGGAGAGGCAUUUCCUAAACAAAUGCAAACUCUUAACUAACAGACAAUUUGAAAAAGGACUUUUAGCAGAGGUUGGCACGGGCAAAUAAUUUGGAGUGCUCAGAUCUUGUCUUUGGGAGCGACUUAAGAUGUGCUUUCCAUGAAGUUAUUCCUAUUGUUAUUUAUUAAAUUUGAAUACCACCCUUCAUCCGCAGAUCUCAGGGCAGUUCACAACAUUAUACAUAACAGAACUUGCAUGCUGUUCCCUUGAAACUGAAGCACUUUGUAUUUUCAGGGUUCCUAAAUGCAGCUAAAAGCUCUGCUUUCCUGCUGACUAGGUGGUUGUUGGACGCUGGAGAGGGGGACCCAGCAGCAGAAAUAAUUGUGGGCCUGUUAUGUACUGAGUUGAAUGGGAUCCAAAAUGCAGCAGCCUGAUUGGUCCUAGAACAAUAGGACCAGUUCAGCAGGAUCCCACCUUCGUCGCCAGUGAAAUAUACUCAGAGUCAAGAGUGGAUUUCAUGCUCUUUAUUCAGCUCAUAGUGGUGAGGAGGAAUGGAAGUUCCCCCAGAAUGUCUGCUUUAUAUACAUUAUUUACACAAAGGGCUGCACAUGAUUGGCUAAUUCUGGGAUUCUCCUGUAGGCCAAUCGGGUUGUGGAUUCACUUCCACCUGGAGCUGGAUUGGGUGGCUCCUGCAGACCAAUUAUACUGCUGCUUUGUUCUAGGACCAAUCAAACUGCUGCAUUCUGAAUCCUAUUGUUCUAGGACCAAUCAGACUGCUGCAUUUUGGAUCCUAUUGUUCUAGGACCAAUCAGACUGCUGCAUUUUGGAUCCUAUUGUUCUAGGACCAAUCAGACUGCUGCAUUUUGGAUCCUGUUCAACUCAGUACAUAACAGGGCCUUUGACCCCUUUUGACCCCAGACCAUUGCACCACCAGAUACGAACUGUUGGGUCUUCCAGAUCCUCUUGCUGAUAACUCAGAGCUGGGAAAGUAGACCAAGGAAGCUGCUUCCCUGAAGGUUCGCCUCCUCUCCUUCUUCACAUUUUGCAUCCUUUCCAGGCCCGGCUGGAGGCUGGCGAGCGCUGCUUGGCAAUGGCUCUCCCGUGCGACGUGGCCACCUUGGUGAAGCAGUUCCUGAGGGACCUCCCUGAGCCCCUGAUCCCAGCUGGCAUCCAGGGGCCUUUGUGCCAGGUCCAGCAGCAAGAGGACAGCGACCCUCUGACUCUCCUGCUCACCUCCCUGCUGCCCCAAAGAAGCACCGAUCUCCUCCGCUAUUUCUUCAGGUUCCUGCAGGACGUGGCUUCCAGGUGGGUCAAUGGGGAAGGACCAGUUUGUGCCCUUAAUUCCUGCCCAGGGUUUGUCCUCGUUCUCAGCCGACAACCAGACCACCUAGCCACUCCAAGCUGUACCCUUAUCCUGCUUCCCAUUGUUCUGGUUCCUGAGAUUUCAGCGCACUUUGAUGCAUACCUUUUGCAACCAUAGCUGUCAAGCGUCCCUUAUUUGGCGGGACAGUCCCUUAUCCCAGCGCCAUGUCCCGCUGCUGUCCCUUAUUGAUGAUGUCCCUUAAAUUUCCCGGGUUUCAAAGGAAGCAGCUCCUCUCCCUCCCUCCCUGCCGAUCCGGGAGGAGGGAGGCUCCAACUGUGUUGCUUUUCUGCGUUGCUCACCCAAUAAGAAGUCUAAGAAUGACUGGGGGGUGGAGCUUGCAUGCCUUGUGCUGAUCAAAUCGGCUGCGUUGCCUGGGGACUCGCCUUUGCUCAGCGCUUCCCAGCGGAGAGGUGACGGUGGUUUUCCUUGAGGCUUGAGGCUUCGUUUGGCUGCUGGCUGGGCUUUCUGCCUUUGGCUCGGAGGGGCUCAGAAGUUGAACAUACCUGUGCUCUGAAAAUCCCUUAUUUUGGCUGCUGAUCCCUUAUUUUUGAGGCUGCUGGUCCCUUAUUUUCAAAUCUGUAAGUUGACAGCUAUGUUUGCAACAAAACAACACCACCACAAACUGGCUUAUAAGUAUAAAACCAAAUUUACUAGAAUAAUAGCUAGAAUAGAGAUAGACUUAUAACCAUUCAAAUAACAAACAUACUAAGGUGCCAUGUGCGAGACAAAGCCUGGAGAUACUGUAAACAUGGAUAAAUGUACAACUAUAUCUUAAGAAGUUACAUGUGCAGUAAACGUUAUACAGACUGGAUAAAUGAACCGUUCAACAAGCAGUGUAAGUCCAAUCACAGAACGGCAACCCCGUGCCGCCACAGCAGCAAGGGUAGCGCACUGGAGAAUAUGAAAAAGUUUUUCAAAGCUGUUUUUCAAAGAUUGGACUGGAUGAGAUAUUCUUCAAUGGGUCUUGAGCUGGAAACACAAAGCCGUGUGCAUAGAUGAGUCACGGGAAGGCAAAUCAAAGCCACGACCCUGAUGAGAAUAACGCAAGUGGGCAAAAGGAGAACAGUUCUCCGGAUAUAUUACAGGUUUCGCUACACGCUUCAUCAGUCCGAACAGCUGCAUGACACAAAAUAGCACUCCAAUUACAAUGUGUGGUAAACCAUAAAAAUUAGAAAAUAUCAGUCUCAUACUAUACCUUGGGACGCGGGUGGCGCUGUGGGUUAAACCACAGAGCCUAGGACUUGCCGAUCAGAAGGUCGGCGGUUUGAAUCCCCGCGAUGGGGUGAGCUCCCGUUGUUCGGUCCCAGCUCCUGCCAACCUAGUAGUUCGAAAGCAUGUCAAAGUGCAAGUAGAUAAAUAGGUACCACUCCAGCGGGAUGGUAAACGGUGCUUCCGUGCACUGCUCUGGUUCACCAGAAGCAGCUUAGUCAUGCUGGCCACAUGAUCCGGAAGCUGUACGCUGGCUCCCUCGGCCAGUAAAGCAAGAUGAGCGCCGCAACCCCAGAGUCGGCCACGACUGGACCUAAUGAUCAGGGGUCCCUUUACCUUUACCUCUGUCCACAUACCAGCAAGGCUACGUGUAACACCCACACACAUGCUAAUGAAAGAUCAAAAUAUAACCCGGCAUGGAGAAUCCCAGCUUUAGCACAAGUUACUAGACCUCAAGGCUAGUAGGUACAGGACAGAGGUACCACCCCCAAAUUCCUGGUUGAGGAGACUCCCUUUCUCCCUUGCCAAUCUCUUGUCUCCUCCCUUGCAAUCCCAGGUGCGCCCAGAACAAAAUGGACUUGGCCAACCUAGCGGUCAUCUUCGCCCCCACCCUCUUCCCCAACGAGGUUUGCAGCCAGCUGGACAGCAGAGCUGAGGAGCAGCUGCAGAGGCAGGCAGCCGUGGUCCACACUUUGAUCAGCCACGCGGCAGAGAUUGGUAAGUCCGAUGGGCUCAUCUGCACAGUCUCAAAAUUUGCUCCCCCCCCCCCGUUUUUAAAGGAACUGCAUGAUGUUUCUGUUAGAAUUCCUGCUCCAUGAUUGCAGUCAUGGGAUUGUUGUCUUUCACGACGGUGUAUAUUUUGACCCCACAGAGUGGGAAGUGACGGAGACAGGAUGUUUGUGUUACUGUGUUCCGUGAGGUGGGACUAUUGUCCUUUGUUCUUUUUCUCUUUGCUGUCUGAUGCUAGAGAGAGAGGGAGCCAUGUUGCAGUGCUCUGUGUGUUUUUAUAUGUAAAUAAAGUAGAUUAGCCAAAAUGCUGAGUUGCUGAGGUCUGUUCCGCAUGAUGCGCAAACUCUGCGGAUCCCUAAGGUGUCGGUGUUGGUUGCUGUGAUGUUCGGGCUGAAGAAAGCUUUUGAAGCUCCCGAAUGAUCAACCAGUCAGGCAUGUGUCUCUGCCAGGGUCCUACUCGAGUGUAGGCUGAGCUCCUAACAGUUUCUACUGAUGGUGCAAUAGGUCAGUCGAUGCGAUGCUAAAAACCGGCUUAACUGCUAGUAACGUAAAAAGGUUUUCUAAAUACUGAGCCGUGUGACACACCGUCUGCCGUAUGACAGUUUAUGGGCUAUUCCAUUUUCUCUUGUCUCUUAACUCCUCGUCUGUGCUGCUGCCCAUGUCUCUCUCCCCAUCCUUCACCUUCCUUGCCUCACCUCCUUUUUCCUGUUGUCCAUUUUUAGGUGUAGCUUCCUCUUCCUUCUGGGUGGGUUUACCUGGGAGGAAGUGCAGACCAGCCCUGAUUCUCAGGGAUGCAAAGCGAAAGUGGUGGUAAAUCCAGGGGCGCGGAGUCAUCUGGAAAAGAUAUGGUUGUCAUCUUGUGGUCCAAAGGAAGGCAGAGAAAAGGUGUUUGGCACCAGCUGGGCUGCAAAAGUUGCCAGAAAGAGGUGUACAAGGCGCCACCCAACCACCUUAGGGAUUCCACUCCAGAUUUGUGUAGGGUUUACUCCUGAGCCUUAGGGACGUGGGUGGCGCUCUGGGUUAAACCACAGAGCCUAGGACUUGCCGAUCAGAUCAUCGGUGGUUCGAAUCCCCACGACUGGGUGAGCUUCUGUUGCUCGGUCCCUGCUCCUGCCAACCUAGCAGUUCGAAAGCACGUCAAAGUGCAAGUAGAUAAAUAGGUACCGUUCCGGCAGGAAGGCAAACGGCGUUUCCGUGUGCUGCUGUGGUUCGCCAGAAGCAGCUUAGUCAUGCUGGCCACAUGACCCAGACGCUGUACGCCGGCUCCCUCAGCCAGUAAAGAGAGAUGAGCGCCGCAACCCCAGAGUCGGUCACGACUGGACCUAAUGGUCAGGGGUCCCUUUACCUUUUACUCCUAAGCCUUUACCUCCCUGAAGAUCCCCCACAAGGCAGCAGAGGUUUGGGGUCAGAGAUUUUCUCCUCCUAGAUGGGCUACCUUCUCUGGUGUAUGAGCCCCCCUUGCCUCCCCCAUCACUUUCCUCUAAAUGGAGCAUUAAACUAACCCUAUCCUUAAUGCUCUUUUUGACUUCUGGGAGAGGAGACACUCAUGGGAAUCAAACCAAUUUUCUCCCCAUCCCUAGUAUUGUCUAUACCAGGGGUCGGUAACCUUUUAAAGCAGGGGGCCAGUCCACCGUCCCUCAGACCUUGUGGGGGGCCAGACUAUAUUUUGAAGGGGGGGAAAUGAACGAAUUCCUGUGCCCCACAAUAACCCAGAGAUGCAUUUUAAAUAAAAAGACACAUUCUACUCAUGUAAAAACAUGCUGAUUCCCAGAUAGUCUUUGGGCUGGAUUGAGAAGGCGAUUGGGCCGGAUCUGGCCCCCAGGCCUUUGGUUGCCUACCCCUGGUCUACACUGACUGGCAUCAGUCUUAUACUAUACUAUACUAUACUAUACUAUACUAUACUAUACUAUACUAUACUAUACUAUACCAAAUGUCAAAGAGAAAAACAAAUACCAGACUUUUAGGAGACAUCUGUAAACAGCCCUGUUUAGGGAAGCUUUUAAUGGCUAUUGUAUUUUAAUAUUCUGUUGGAAGCCGCCCAGAGUGGCUGGGGAAACCCAGAAAGAUGGGCGGGGUAUAAAUAAUAAAUUAUUAUUAUUAUUAUUAUUACUACUACUACUACUACUAUACUAAUAUACAGUGGAGUCUUGGGUUACAUUGCCUCCAGCUUACGUCACCCUCGGCUUGAGACUGGCGCAAACCCGGAAGUACUGGAACGGGUUACUUCCGGGUUUGUGCCAUUUGCGCAUGCACAGAAGCGCUAAAUCAUGCGCGUGUGCGCAGACGAGAUGCUUUGGGUUGUGUCGUUUUCGGGUUGCUGCGGGGCCUCCGGAAUGCAUCCCUGCCGUAACCCCAGGUUCCACUGUAAUAAUAAUUUAUUAUUUAUACCCAGCCACUCUGGGUGGUUCCCAACAGAAUAUUAAAAACACAACCAAACAUUAAAAACUUCCCUAAAUGCCAGAGAUUGAACCUGGGACCUUCGGAAGCCAAAGUGUGAAUCCUAGGGUUGCCAUAUUUCAAAAACUGAAAAUCCGGACACAAAGCUUUUUUUGGCAAAGUUCUUGAGAUUUAUUUAUUUAUUUACUUACUACAAAAUCUCAAAAAAAGAGAAGUUUUUGAGCUGUUUUAAAGGAAAUUCACCAAAAAAAAUCAACACUUCCGACAUGGGUUGCCAUACAUCCAGAUUUUCCUGGGCGUUAAAGCAAUUUCCGCCCGGACACUGUUUCCAACAAUCGAAUCCCGGCUGUGUCCGGGAAAUCCCAGAUGUUUGGCAGCCCUAGACUAUCAAUUUCAGAUUGCCAACAAAAUGACUACCCCCUUCCAAAUUGUACUGAAGUGAAAUGUGUGUGGGUGUGUGGGUGUAGUUGAAAGUGAAUGUUUUGCAUGACCCCUAGUGUACGGCAUCUAAAAUGACAGGCUUGUUGAAAAAAACAAGUGUUGCUGAGCUUGUGUACUAACUAAAACAGCGAUGGCCAGACUUGGCACUCCAGCUGAAGGGGGAAGAAAUGAAUGAAUUCCUAUGCCCCACAAAUAACCCAGAGAUGCAUUUUAAAUAGAAGUACACAUUCUACUCAUGUAAAAACAUGCUGAUUCUCAGACCGUCUGUGGGCCGGAUUUAGAAGGCGAUUGGGCCAGAUCUGGACCCCAGGCCUUAGGUUGCCUACCCAUGCUUUAUGGGUUCCUUCAGGGUCACGCCCAUCUACCUGGUCACACGCAGGGGGAAGAUGCUCCAGACCAGGUGUGACAGGAAGUCCUCCUGGCUGGACCUACAUUCCCCUGCGUGUUCACUCUGGGGAAACAGGAAAUGUUGUAUUUGACUCCUUAUGUUCCAAUUUGAUUUGAACUCAUUUUAUAAUGAAUUGAUUUUAGAAUGCUGUAUUAUUUUACUGUUGUUAGCCGCUCUGAGCCUGGCUUUGGCUGGGGAGGGUGGGAUAUAAAUAAAUUAUUAUUAUUAUUAUUAUUAUUAUUAUUAUCAUCUCACAGAUAGAGAUGGCUUGGCCCACAUGCUCCAUGCUCUGGUACUCCAUGCUCUGGUAACUUCCGGAUUUGAUUAUUGUAAUUCCCUCUUGAUUUUCCCCCUCCAUCUCCCCUUGUGUCCAGGCACAAUUCCCGAGCUUCUCCUGGAAAAAGUCCAAGCCGCCUGCUCAGAUGCAGAAACCAAGAGACUGUCCCCACCAGGCCCAGAAGACGCUGGAGAAAAGCACGUCGAAGGGAGGAGGAGGAGGCGGAGGCGGCAACGGAGCAUGGGCAGUGAGUAUGCAAGACCAAACCCAGAUCUUCUUGGACAAUCGUUUGGCGCUUCCAAAUUUCUCUCUGGUUGGUGAAAUGCAGACUUACCUGCUUUCGAAGCAUUAAGCAUUCUCCAUGGUUUCUUCUUUUAGUUCGGAAUUCUGUUGGGUGAUGUCACGGGCGCUAGCCAGUAGGCUCCCUCCACAGCCUGACUGUGCUGCGCAUUUAACAGAGUCUGCCCACUGCACUUGAAAUGCUAUGUCUGCCGAGAGACUCUUGCCCAUGACACACCUUUUAUCAGAACUUCACCCGUGUCGGAAUUGUUUUUAAGAUGUUUUUUAUUGUUUUGUCAUUUGUUUUGAGUCCUUUGGGAGGAAUAGUGGGAUAUAAAAUUACCAUCAUCAUCAUCAGCUCUCGUCCCGCCCACCAGUAGCAUGUGGCCCCUGAAAGGUUAUCCUCAAAUGAAUACGUUCUUGAGAUUAAAAGGUUCUCUGCCCUUGUUUGAGGGUAGUGACUUUGCUUUUGAAGAAUUAUUUGGCGAGGCAGGGGAAAGUGGCUGUGAUGGAGGCUGAGUUUUCUUUAUCUGUUUUUCCGAGGGUACCAAACCAACAAAUCUGAAAAGUUGUUGACUUAAAAACAAACAAACAAAAAUAGCUUUUGAUUAUCAAGAUGAGAGCUGCAAACAAAAUUGUAUCCUGCUGGAAAAAACUAGACUGCUUCCAUAACCAAGCCAGGCUUUCUUGAUGUCUAGGCCUGAAUUCAAUUUCUUUGAAGAGAGGGGAAAGUCUCUACAGUGGUACCUCAGGUUACAGACGCUUCAGGUUACCUACGCUUCAGGUUACAGACUCCACUAACCCAGAAAUAGUACCUCGGGUUACGAAUUUUGCUUCAGGAUGAGAACAGAAAUCUUGCUCCGGCGGCACGGCAGCAGCAGGAGGCCCCAUUAGCUAAAGUGGUGCUUCAGGUUAAGAACAGUUUCAGGUUAAGAACGGACCUCCAGAAUGAAUUAAAUUCUUAACUCGAGGUACCACUGUAUAAGGUGGCUGUGAUGGAGACUGAGUUUUCUUUUUCUUUUUCUUUUUCUCAGAGGGUACCAAAUCAACAAAUCUGAACAGUUGUUAGAUUUUUAAAACAAACAAACAAACAAACAAACAAACAAACAAACAGCUUUUGAUUAUCAAGAUUAGAGCUGCAAACAAAAUUGUAUCCUGCUGGAAAAAACUAGACCGCUUCCAUAACCAAGCCAGGCUUUCUCGAUGUCUAGGCCUGAAUUCAAUUUCUGGGCCUCCUUUGCCCAGGCUUCUUUCUGUUCCGCCUCACCAACUUGUCCCGGUUUCCUGAAAUGUCCCUGCGACGUUUCAGCCCUGUUUCUCUUUCUCUCAAACUUUUAAACUUUUAACUCUUCCCAAGGAUGUUAUUUCUCUUCCAAACUGUUCCAGUAAUAACAGGGGAUGUGUGCUUCAAAGAAUGGCAUAGAGAAACAUCAAGAUUUGUCUGGAAUGCGAAAAAGCCAACGAUAAAAAAAUAAAAUUUUAACAGAUGUGAAAGAAAAAGAUGGAUUCUCACUUCCAGACUUAAAAUUGUAUUAUGAAGCUGCAUCCCUAAUUUGGAUCCGAGAUUGGAUCAAGCUAGAAAGGGAGGAAAUAACAGACUUGGAAGGACAUGAUAAUAGGUUUGGAUGGCAUGCCUACCACUGGUAUGGAAAAGCAAAAGUGCAUAAAGGAUUCCACAACCAUUUAAUAAGAAGAUCAUUGUUUAAAGUAUGAGGAAAAUAUAAAGAUUUAUUAGAACCCAAAACAUCCUGGUGGCUAUCACCUAUUGAAGCACUAUCACUUAAAACAUUGGGGGGGGGAGAGUGGCCAACAUAUAGAGAAUUGCUGGUUGCUGAACUAGAGGGAAAGUUAAAAUUGAAAGAAUAUGACGAAAUGAAAGAACAUCUUCAAAGCUGGCUGCAUCAUAGACAAUUAAAGGAUAUCUUUAAAGAGGACAAUAAGAAAGACUUCUCAUAUUCAAUGUAUGUAAUGAAUGAAAAAGAAAAAUGAAUAAAAAUUAUAUGUAUACAGUGGUACCUCGGGUUAAGUACUUAAUUCAUUCCGGAGGUCCGUUCUUAACCUGAAACUGUUCUUAACCUGAAGCACCACUUUAGCUAAUGGGGCCUCCUGCUGCUGCCGUGCCGCUGGAGCAAGAUUUCUGUUCUCAUCCUGAAGCAAAGUUCUUAACCUGAAGCACUAUUUCUGGGUUAGCGGAGUCUGUAACCUGAAGCGUAUGUAACCUGAGGUACCAAUGUAUAUAUAAAUAAACUCUUAACUCUUCUCUGCCUCUCUUUCUUCUCUUCAGACAUUGUCACCGAAGCCCUGAACAAGUUCAAGACCGGCCGAGCCCUUUGCGCUGCCCCUUCCCAGGAGAUUCGCGAGGGUGAGUGGACAUCCUCUUGAAUUUCAGUUUCUUGGGGUUUUCCCCUUCUUCUAAUCUUGAGCGCAGUUCUCCACAUUUCCAACUUAAGAACGCAAGAAGAGGCUGCUGCAGAUCAGGCCAAAGAUUCAUUUAAUCCAGCAUGCUGUUCUCACAGUGGCCAACCAGAUGUUUGUGGAAAGCCAGCAAACUCAACCCAAGCACAAUAGCCUUUUCCCCGCCUGCGGUUUCCAGCAACUUCAGAAACAUUUAUUGUUCUCAGUUGUGGAGGCAGAAAAGAAGCCAUUGUGGCUACUAGCCAUCAAUAGCCUUCCCAACCAGUUUGCAAUUUUCAGAAGUCCUCGUGAAAAUUCAUCAGGAUUCGAUAUCUUCUAAUGGACACAUUUCCCCUGAAAUAACGCAUUCACGUGUGUUUUGUUUUUGCUCAUCUGGACAUUUUUAUACAGACGCUUUAGUACUGGUUUUUGUACGCGUUACUCCACGGGAAACUGUAGCGCAAAAUUCGGAGAAGUGCAAAUUUCGAAGUGUUUCAGAUCCGGCGCAGUGAGCAAGAAGUUGAAAGGCCCUGCAGGCCGGGCAUUUAUCCUUGCCCUGGGCAUGAUGCCAAACACAGCUACUGGGCACCAUGCCCAGGGGAAAGCCCCCUAAAUUCCUGUCGCCAUUGGCUAAUUCAGUGGCAGGAGGACGAUCCGGCCUGUAAUCGGUCAGUUCACAGCCCCGCCUGAGGGAAAACAGUCCUUCAGAAAGUGCAAAUUAAGUCAAUUCGCCUUUAAAUGAGAACUGAAUCAAUUUAUUCCCUAUCUGUAAUGGGGGCUUAGGAUUGGGGAGAAGGGAGAUGGGUAUGAGAGCCAAAUUGAAGGAAUAAAUUUUCCAGAGCGCUCAGCUGAGGGAGAGAGCUUUUGAGUUUGCUGCUGGUUGUGGGCACCCAGUUGGCAACAGAUUUUUUUUUUUAAAUGAUAUUUAUUAAAGUUACAAAAAAUAGAAGAAAUACAAAAUGCAGAAAGAAGAGUAAAAAAUUUUUAAAAUACAACAAAAAAGUAAAGGAUAAAAAGAAACAUACAAAAUAAAACAGUUAAAAAGACAUUAAUUUUCUAAACCUAUCUUCUCUAGACUUAUUUCCCCGGACCUCCUCAUACCUCCCUUUUUCGUAUUCCAGUUCAGUUUGUUAGUUCAGCAAAUCCUUACCAUUAAACUUUUGCCCAAUUGUAAGCCUUUUUUCAUAUCUCUUAAAGCAUUACAGCUAAAAAGCUCUUAGUUUCUAUCCAACAUUCUUCUAAGAUUCCUUAAUUUUACAAUAUUUCUGUAAAUAGUCUUUAAAUUUCUUCCAGUCUUCUUUCACCGACUCUUCUCCCUGGUCUCGGAUUCUGCCAGUCAUUUCCGCCAGUUCCAUGUAGUCAAUCCGGCAACAGAUUUAUUCUUGAAGUUCUCUUGGGUCACUGUGAAGAAGGCAGCUGUUUCUGGAGUAGAGCAUUUCUUUUUAACCAACAGCUGCAUUUGCUUUCUCACCCCCUGGGAAGAUUUAGAUCAGCCUUUCUCAAGCUUGGGUCCCCAGAUGUUGUUGGACUACAACUCCCAUCUCUGCCUUACUGCAGGGCAGAUUUGAGGGUAAACCAUAUGCGGAACGAGUCUGCCCCUGUGGCUUGAUGGAGGUAGAAACUGUCUCUCAUGCCUUGUUACGCUGCCGUUUCAACGGGGAUAUACGCUUGGUAUUUAUUACCCCUGCUAUGCGAAAAUCUCCAAAUGAAUCCGAACUUCAAUGUCUAAAAUCCCUGGUAGAGGACAAGGAUCCUGAGAUCAUGUUAAGUGUAGCCAAAUUCUGUGUGAUUGCCAUAAAACGUAGGGAACAAGCUGUGCUAUAAUAAUGAUUAAGGCCUUAAAUGAUAAUUUUAGGUUGUAUGUUAGUGACUAAGUUUUAAUUUAUACAUUUUUUAACUGUUGCUAUAUCUGUAUUGUCCCUGUUAUACCUAACUGCAAAUUCAAAUGUAUCCCUACCGUGUUUUAUGACUUCCUUGAUAUGUGGGCUGGAGCUGAUCUGUGACCGAAAUAAUAAAAUUCAUUCAUUCACAACUCCCAUCGUCCUUAUCUAACAGGACCAGUGGCCUGAGAUGAUGGGAUUUGUAGUCUAAGAACAUCUGGGCGACCCAAGUUUGAGAAAUGCUGAUUUAAAUUCUUGUUAGAUCUGAGUGGGUCUCAUGGGAGAUUUGGGGAGGCUACUGUGGCGCUGGAUAAAUGACUUCAUUGAUACUGAUUUUGAAUCGGCUGUUGAUUGAUUCUCACUUAGCUUGACUUGCAGAGCAUUUGGUAGCCUUGAGAUUACUUUUCGUGGCUUGUAAAGAAGGCUAGUUGCACACGCACACACAAGUGUGUGUGUCUUCCCUGUCCCCAUUUUGGACAACAGAAAUAAACCGAAUUGUCCAAAUGCUUGUCCUCUUGAAAAGAUUCUCCCUUAACCCGCAGGCUCCCCAGGUCACAGGACUCUGAAAGCAUCUUUCAGCUCCAAGAGGAAGGCCUCUGAUGAUGUGGCCGGGGCUGCUGAACUUUCAGCCAAGAAGAGGUACGUAGGAAACUGCCAUACGCAAAGCAGGACCACUGGUCCACCUAGUUCAGUGGUGUCAACACUGACUGGUAGCUGCUUUCCAGGUGUUUCAGGCACCUGGAGAUCACCUGGAGAUGCCAGGAUUGAAACAUCUGCACCCACAGCUAAAUUCUUUCCCCGUAUUCGGAUUCCCGUAACCUCUGGAACCAGCUGGGCUUGUCUAGCCUGGGUAGGGGGUGCCCUCCAGCCUCCCUUGGAGCACCGCCCAUUUGGAUUGGGACCCAGGGCCAGCUCAAAAGGUUGCAGGGACUUAUUUGGGAAGACCCCCUCCCUUGGUGUAUCCUCACUGCUCUUGUUACAUCAGGCAACCUCUUUGCGUGGCAAGUUCCCGCCUCCCCCCUCAGAAAUAAAGACACGAGACACAAGAAUUCAAGUUAAUGGGUCAAAUUAGGCCACAACUUUAUUGAUUACAGGAAUUGAGCGGUAUUGGCUUAGGCAUUGGUCCUAACAACUAACCGGCUUCAGCCUGAUUGCAUGAAGGCUGGUAAGGGUUAACCACCAGUGGGAGGAGUCCUGUUGAGGCACGUCAACUAGGAGGUCCCCCUGACGUCACCGCGUGGGGGCGUGCCGUGGGCCCACACCUCCUUAGGCUUAGGACAAGGCCACGCCCCCCGGAAUCCUUUACCAGACUACCCUUGCUUGGGGGAAGGUGAUGGCGCUCCUUCCCCCCUUCAUUUGCAUAAUAAUAGGACAGUACCCCUACCAAUGCCUAACCGCCAAUACCGAAGAGUUGUGAUGGUUUGCUACGAGGUAGGCAAAAACCAAAUGGCUGGAGCCAAUCUGCCAUUUGGGAAAAAUUCCUACCAGGCCCCUUGCCGGCGACCAACCAAAGUCCAUAGCAACGUCAGAGAGCCUAGCCUAACAGGUGGAAGGGGAGGGAAAACCUGGUCAGCUGCGGCACGGGAAAGAGGGAGACCCUCGGCCGCGCCAGACCUAAGUAAGGCGAGGCCACCCACCCCCCGAGCCAGCUGAUUGGCUGGCCUGGGGAAUGACGCGUCCGAGGAUUCCCUGGUAUCGCGGGGGCUGGAGCCUGCAACCCCACCUCCUCCCUAGCUCGGAAGUGGCUUUUUCAUAGCUCAGAGCCCGUUUCUGUGCAGGUUCUGGUGAGCAGCUGCCCCAGGUGUAUUGUGUAUGGCGGGGGGGGCUGGUCAAAUGGAAAGGCCAGCAGGUUUCCCCCACCGCUGCUCCUCUCCCUCCUCAUUUCUACCACCCGCUUGCUUGCCAGGCGGAGAGUUUCCCCUGCCUCUUGAAAAGCGGUUUAUAAAUAAAUUAAAUCUGAAAACCUGGUAAAUCGCUCAUCCCAUCCUUUUCCUCCUGUUCCCCACUGCCAGGAGGUCAUCCUUGGAUCCAGCAAACUCUGAUCCCUUUGGGGAUGCUGCGCCCCUGUUUGAUCGACCAGCGGAUGUGGGUCCCUCGCAAGGUAAUGAUAUCGUGACCCACAAAACACACCUUGCUCAAAGAGGUGCUUGUUGCAUGCAUUUCACAGCAGGGCUCAGUUACCUGAAAUUCUAUGGCUCUAUGCAAAUGUAAACUGGUAGUCGGUGCUGUGUGUUUUUACUACAGCUAGCACGUUGUUGUUUAGUCGUUUAGUCGUGUCCGACUCUUCGUGACUCCAUGGACCAGAGCACGCCAGGCAAUCCUGUCUUCCACUGCCUCCUGCAGUUUGGUCAAACUCAUGCUGGUAGCUUCGAGAACACUGUCCAGCCAUCUCGUCUUCUGUCGUCCCCUUCUCCUUGUGCCCUCCAUCUUUCCCAACAUCAGGGUCUUUUCCAGGGAGUCUUCUCUUCUCAGGAGGUGGCCAAAGUCUUGGAGCCUCAGCUUCAGAAUCUGUCCUUCCAGUGAGCACUCAGGGCUGAUUUCCUUAAGAAUGGAUCGGUUUGAUCUUCUUGCAGUCCAUGGGACUCUCAAGAGUCUCCUCCAGAGCACCAGAAUUCAAAAGCAUCCAUUCUUUGGCGAUCAGCCUUCUUUAGGGUCCAGCUCUCACUUCCAUACAUCACUACUUGGAAAAGCAUGGCUUUAACUAUACGGACCUUUGUUGGCAAGGUGAUGACUCUGCUUUUUAAGAUGCUGUCACAGCUGCCUGCAUUUUUUGAUUCCUGAUGUUGCAGCUUCCGAGCUUCAAAAUUCACUGCUAUGCCACAGCUGGCUGCAUGCAGACCUAAUCUGUGGAUUAAUUGUUUAAAAGGCUGGCGACGAUGGAUCAGCUACAGAUUCCUGAAUCAGCGCUUACAUUAAAUUGUUACAUCAGUGUUUGUUUUAAGAAGGAAGGCAAUAGGCUUGCCUUUAAGAAGCUGAAGCUCUGUUGUCUCGCCUGUCUUCCUUUGUCAAGUUGUCAUCCAUCUGUCUCGAGAGGCAAUGGAGUGCACCUCCAGGGGUGAACUCAAACUGCUGUGUUAGGAUCACACUGAAGUGACUUCCCUGGGGCGCAAAACUGGGCAGUGUGUAUUGAGGUCUUGGGGUGCCUAGAUGACACUGCUGUGGUCCAAAGGAAUUCAAUAAACACACAAGACGUAACCGGCUGUACGUUUGAAAAAAUAAUAUAUACUAUUCAUUGUAUUGAAUUGUAGAUUUCAACAGAAGUAGCUCAUAAAGUUCAACGAAAAAAGCAGAAGACCCGGUGUAUCAGUUCAUUCUCUAAUCAGUUUAUGCAUAAGGUCCAUAGCUACUACUACGCUAUAAGAUCCACUGUCCUGUGAUAUCAUAUAUGAGUUUAUACUACUGAUGAAGCCCAAGACGGCGAAACAAGGCUAAUAUUCCAGAAGUCCUUGUCUUAGACUCUGUGAAAUGAUUCUGUGGAACUGCAACAACCUUUUGUGUGGAUUGUUGGACUCUAUGAACAGACAGGUGGAAUAGACACUUUCACAUAUAUGGACCUUAUGCAUAAGUUUGGACCCACCUCGUCCCAAAAAAACACACAAAGUCACCCCAAAGUGAUGUUUUGCUCCGCCAUCUUGAUUCAAAAUGGCGCCCAAACGGUCACGAAGACUGCUGCCCUCAACUUUGGGGACCUAACACGCUUAAUCAGCCUCUUGAGUUGCCCAGAACAGUGUUCAUGGGAAGCAACCCAUAAACGGAACGAAAUAAACUUGUGUUCUCCCUACGCAGAUCCUACAAGCCCUGCUCCUGUUUCUCCCAAAGGACCUUCCAGUCCGUUCUCCGAUCUAGGGCGCCUCCCCGGAGACCCAUGGACCCCGGCUGUGAAAACUCAGAGGAGAAGGAGCAGCGGCAGAAAACGCCCCCAAAGGUGGGGUUGCAAGUGGGUUUUUCCAUGGAGGGCGGGAGGGAGGAGCUAUGGUGGGGGCGAUGUUGAUGAUAGGAAGACUUUGUCGUAUGCAAAGAUGUGGAAGCUUCCCUCCCCAAAAGCCCUGAGAGGGGGAGGUGAGAAUUUUCCCACUCCGUGUUUUGCUAUUCUUGUAGUCUGUUGUGUUUUUGUAAUGUUUUGCUAGUUGUCCUGGGUUCUCUUUGGAAGAGCAAGGUACAGAAGUGGACCAAUAAAUAUCAGCUUCAGAUAGGAGGGUUCGUGGGCGCGUGGGAACCCUGACCCACAGGCUAAAUGUGCCCCACCACCUUCUCAUUUUACCCAGGGGGCCAUUUCUCCUAGACCAUGGGUAGGCAGACUAAGGCCCGGGGGCCGGAUCUGGCCCAAUCGCCUUCUCGAUCCAGCCCACAGACGGUCCGGGAAUCAGUGUGUUUUUACAUGAGUAGAAUGUGUGCUUUUAUAAUCUCUGGGUUAUUUGUGGGGCGCAGGAAUUUGUUCAUUCCCCCCAAAAAAAAUAUAGUCCGGCCCCCACAAGGUCUGAGGGACAGUGGACCGGCCCCCUGCUGAAAAGGUUUGCUGACCCCUGCCCUAGACUACACCUGUGCGUGUCCUGUGCUUAAUAAUAAUAAUAAUAAUAAUAAUAAUAGUUUAUUAUUUGUACCCCGCCCAUCUGGCUGGGUUUCCCCAGCCACUCUGGGCGGCUUCCACAAAUACACUACAAAUACACCAAAAAUACACUAAGAUAUCACACAUUAAAAACUUCCCUGAACAGGGCUGCCUUAAGAUGUCUUCCAAAUGUCAGGUAGUUGUUUGUCUCUUUGACAUCUGGUGGGAGGGCGUUCCACAGGGUGGGCGCCACCACCGAGAAGGCCCUCUGCCUGGUUCCCUGUAGCUUUGCUUCUCGCAGUGAGGGAACCGCCAGAAGGCCCUCAGCGCUGGACUUCAGUGUCCGGGCAGAACAAUGGGGGUGGAGACGCUCCUUCAGGUAUCUUGCGUAGUUUGUGUGCCCAAGCAGGUUCCCUGCAGGGAACAGGGUGACGCAUCUGACCCCUGCAGAAAGCAGGAUUUGAACUCCCAGCAUAUCAACUGAUGCAAGAGGAGUUCAAUCCUGCCUGUUCACAUUUUCCCUUCAUCUGUGAGGGCCACGUGCCAACUUUGAGAGGCAGCUGGGACCGCACUGAAAGCGUAUGGCUUUCCCCAAAGAAUCCUGGGAACUGUAGAGUAUGCCCUCGCAGAGCUACACUUCCCAGAACUACACUUCCCACAAUUCUUUGGGUGAAGUCACGUGCUUUCGAUGUACAUGUGACCAAAGCGUUGUGACUGCUUCGCUCUCUCCCCUUCCCUUUCAGGAAGCAUUCCGCUCUGACUCCCCCCUGCCGCUCGCCAGCGCCUUUUGAGCGGAAGGACACAGGGCGCAAGUCGUUGCGCAUCUUCUCCCGCAACAGCAAGGAUCAGGUGAGUCCUCCGGAGAGCUGGAGACCCUCACAUUCUCCAGGGCCCAUCUAUCCUCCUGUUUCUGUGCUUUCGUGCUUCUCGUUCCAGCCAGCAGUGGCAGCGAAUGGCUAGCAAUUUGUUUGUGAAAACUGGUUGUUCUCGCGGAGCUUUCCCUGACCUGCUGCUCUCCAGAUGUUUUGGGAUGCAAAACAAUCUGGUUAUCGGUCAUGCUGGCUAGGACCAAUGGGUGUUGUUGUCCAACAACAUCUGCAGGGCACCAGAAAAAUGAAAUACAGUGGUACUUCGGGUUACAUACGCUUCAGGUUACAUACGCUUCAGGUUACAGACUCCUCUAACCCAGAAAUAGUACCUCAGGGUAAGAACUUUGCUUCAAGAUGAGAACAGAAAUCGUGCUCCGGCGGCGCGGCAGCAGCAGGAGGCCCCAUUAGCUAAAGUGGUGCUUCAGGUUAAGAACAGUUUCAGGUUAAGAACGGACCUCCGGAAGGAAUUAAGUACUUAACCCAAGGUACCACUGUACGUGAGUGUCAUUUUGGACAGCUUCUUUCCAAAGUUCCUGCAGCCAAUCAGAAGCCACGCUUUGGUUUUCGAACGUUUUGGAAGUCGAACGGACUUUCGGAACGGAUUCUGUUCGACUUUGUUAUGUACUGAGUUGAAUAGGACCCAGAAUGCAGCAGUCUGAUUGGUCCUAGAACAAUAGGACCCAGAAUGCAGCAGUCUGAUUGGUCCUAGAACAAUAGGCCCCAGAAUGCAGCCGUCUGAUUGGUCCGCAGGAGCCACCCAAUCCAGCUCCAGGUGGAAGUGAAUCCACAACCUGAUUGGCCUACAGGAGAAUCCUGGAAUUAGCCAAUCACGUGCAGCCCAUUGUGUAAAUAAUGUAUAUAAAGCAGAUAUUUUGGGGGAGCUUUCAUUCCUCCUCACCACUAUGAGCUGAAUAAGGAGCAUGAAAUCCACUCUCGACUCCGAGUGUAUUUCAGACUUCCUAGGUACGACUGUAGUUGUUUCAUCCACUUUCGCCUCUGGACCUUCUUGCCUCUGGCAUGUGGCCCCCGAAAGGUUUCCUGCUAUGGAAUGUAGCCCUGGGGAAGUUUCCUCACCCAAGCCUCUGACUGGAUCUUUUGUUUUCUCUCCUAGCAACCGCUUCCUGCCUCCGCCAAAGCAGCACAACCAAACACCGGACUUCUGACGAAGAAGAUGGAGGCCGAGACCUUGGAAGUCCCAACAUCCCAGCAGAGAUGGGCCUGGCUGCAUUCACACAAGCUCAGAGAAAGUGAGCUAGGUCGGGUCUUGCUAAUCCUUGGCCUGUGGAUUUUUCCCGCGCAUCCAAUAAUAAUAGUAAUAAUUUAUUAUUUAUACCCUGCCCAUCUGGCUGAGUUUCCCAAGCCACUCUGGGCGGCUUCCAAUCGAGUGUUAAAAACAAUGCAGCAUUACAUAUUAAAAACUUCCCUAAACAGGGCUGCCUUCAGAUGUCUUUUAAAGAUAAGACAGCUGCUUAUUUCCUUCACAUCUGAAGGGGGGGCGUUCCACAGGGCGGGAGCCACUACCGAGAAGGCCCUCUGCCUGGUUCCCUGUAACCUCACUUCUCCUAUACUUAACGGGGCAAAGGAGAGGUUCAGCAAGUAUCGCAGGUGAAUGCCCAUUUCUCCCGACCUAGGAAAGGCACAGAGUCACCCUUACAAGAGGGCCUUCUGGCGGUUCCCUCGCUGCAAGAAGCGAAGCUACAGGGAACCUGGCAGAGGGCCUUCUCGGUGGUGGCACCCGCCCUGUGGAACGCCCUCCCACCAGAUGUCAAAGAGAAAAACAACUACCAGACUUUUAGAAGACAUCUGAAGGCAGCCCUCUUUAGGGAAGUUUUUAAUGUUUAACAGACCACUGUAUUUUAAUACUUUGUUGGAAGCCGCCCAGAGUGGCUGGGGAAACCCAGCCAGAUGGUGGGGUAUAAAUAAAUUAUUUAUUUAUUUAUUUAUUACCUCUCUUAGUGUCAGAAAGUUCUUCCUGAUGUUUAGUUGGAAGCCAUUGGUUCGAGUCCUACCCCUCCAGAGUAGGAGAAAACAAGCUUGUUCCCUCGUCAAUGUGGCAGCCCUUGAGAUAUUUGAAGAUGGCUACAGAGAACUACAAUUCCCAGAGUUCCAGGGAAGAGGGAUUGAUGGUUCUACCAUGGGAACCCCAACCCUAAUCUGUCCUUACUAGAUAGGCAAAAGAAAACCACCAAGACAGCUAUAAGCCUUGUGUGUGUGUUGGGGCAAUAUGGUCCUUAGGUGGCCUUGGGUGGUGAUGGCAGUGGUGGUGAGGCUACCUCUGCUGGGCCAUUGACAACUCCCAGCCUUUGCCAACCAGGUGCCCUCCAGCUUUCGGACUACAACUCCCAUCAGCACCAGCCCGGCACAGAAUUGUAGUCCAAAACACCCAGAGGGCACCAGGUUGGCCAAGGUUGCUGAAGCCCAACCAGUGCUUUUUGUCGUUUGAAACAAUUGCAAACAACCUCCUUCCUUGGAGGUUUCUAAGCAGAGGUUGGACGGACAUCUGCCAUUGAUGCUUUAGCCGAGAUCCCUGCAUUGCAGGGGGCUGGACUAGAUCAGGCAUAGGCAAACUCGGCCCUCCAGAUGUUUUGGGACUACAACUCCCAUCAUCCCUAGCUAACAGGACCAGUGGUCCGGGAUGAUGGGAAUUGUAGUCACAAAAACAUCUGGAGGGCCGAGUUUGCCUAUGCCUGGACUAGAUGAAUCUCGGUGGUCCUUUCCAACUCAACAAUUCUAUGAAAGUCCCGCAGGUAAAGACAACCAAAUUCAUUCGGUGUGAGAUCUUGGGCACUUGAACUCAUGUUCAGAUGAGCAUGCAGAAGCUCAUCUCGUAUUUACCGGGUGCCACAGGACUCUGUACAGCUGCAUGGCAUUAAACAAGACUCCCUCUUCUCUUGGGAUGUGUUAUUUUUUAGGAUCUACAAGCCAGCCAUACAGCAAAAAUGCUUGCGGGCCUAGCUGCACAAAUCCAGAGGUUGGAGAUGCUGCGGCGAGAUGUAAACACAGGGCUGGGGGAAAUCCCUGUUCGGAUGCUGUCAGCUAUGCACAUCAGGAGCCAGAUAUGGACGCCUUGGUAGCGGAAGCCAAACUGCCAGAUUCUCUACCCAGACAGCGCCAUGUUCUACGGCGGUCAGUGAGCUGGCCCGAAGAGCUUUCAGUGAGGGCUGCCGCAGAAGACAGCGAAAUGGAUUUCUCCCCUUCUGUCGGCCCAGGAGCGCAUCAUGCCCAGAGCUUCGGCCUAGCCGAGCCAGAGCAGCCUGACAUGGAAGUAUUAGUGGCGGGCAUGAGGCAACUGGGCAUCCCCACUGUUUGUGUCACACUGGCAGAUAGCUGCCCAGAGAAUAGGCCACAAAGGAUGCUUCCCUCGGAUCCUGGCUCCCCCAGCACUCUGGCCGACCGCUUCCGCCACCUCCCCGAGGCUCCCAAAACCGGCCUCAAGCGCCUGACCCUCAGCUUCCAGCGGGCAUCGCCCCAGCCCGACAAAGGGUCGGAGGCCGCGAAGCUCAGCGUUCCCAAGCGCAAGGCGGGGCGUCGCUUUGGCCGGUCCGUGAGCCACGAGAGCGGCCUGCCGUUGCAGGCCGGACAGGAGGUGCAGCCUGGGCACGCGGCGACAAAGGGAGCCCCCGAGCUGCCCGCCAGGAGCCCCUUGCUGUCCUUCAAGGCCUACGGGCGGCAGAUCUGCAUAACCCGAAGAAACAUCAUGAUGUCUCUGGCCGGGCUGCGUGGCAAAAGGGAGGUGGCGAGGUCUCCGGAUUCCGGCCUGCCAAGCCAGGAUCCCCCAAGCGCCAACUGGAGCACCUGCUAG